AUGAAUGCUCUGCUAAAGGAAAUAACUGGAUUUCCAAGGGAAAUGAUUUUCUUGUUGCUCAUAUGGCUGAGCUCUACUCGUGUUUCAGUUGCAUGCCCACUGUAUGAAAGAAAUUAUCUCUUAGAUUUUAUGGGGGCUGUUAAAAGUGAUUACAACAGCUUACAGUCAUGGCAAGGAUUCAAUUGCUGCGAUUGGAGAGGUGUCACUUGCAGCCAUGAUUUAGGCAGCCAUGUUACAGGACUGGAUCUCUCUGAUUUCGGCUUGCAAGGUGAGAUUCAUUCCUCUUUGUUUAAACUUGAAUAUUUACAAGAUUUCAAUCUCCGCGAGAAUUUUCUUACUAAGAUCCCGUCCGAUAUUGGAAAGUUGAGGAGGCUCACUCGUCUGGACUUGUCUCGUGGUACCUGGAAAGGUGAAAUUCCAAGAACUUUGGGAAAUCUGCGAAAUCUACGCUACCUAGAUGUAGGUGUAAGCUCCGAUGAUCCAGAUUGGCAAAGAUUGCAGACGCCAAGGUUUGCAAGUUGGCUACAAAAUCUAACCAGAUUGGAGCACCUCUUUCUUAAUGGAGUGAACAUAUAUCCAGAAGAAGCAUCAAGCGAGUGGGGUGAAGUUAUUACCACCCUUGCCAAUCUUACAAAUCUCGAGUUGUAUGAUUGUGGGUUAUCAGGACAACUUCCUCCUUCCAUAGCUAAUCUCUCUAGACUUGUUACCUUGGGCCUGGGAGGCAACUACUUAACAGGGGUGAUGCCCCCUUCUUUAGGUAACCUUUCCGCUCUUGAUAGUCUUAACUUAGCUGGAAACAAAUUGAAUGGUACAAUUCCAUCCUCAAUUUCAAAGCUUGUGCGGUUAACAUCCCUCGACCUGAGUUCCAACAGGUUAAGUGGCCACAUUUCCUUCUCCUCGUUUGAUAAUUUCACUAGAUUAGAAAACAUGGACCUUUCUCACAAUCGGUUGACUGUGAGGAUUGAUUCAACCUGGAUGCCCAACUUUAAUAGUCUUAACAGUCUUGGACUAGAUUCUUGUAAUUUAGUGGAAAUUCCACCAUUUCUUGUGAAUCAAUUUGAAAACAGAGUAGAAACAGAAUGA